AACAUGUACUUCUCUUUCUACUACUUCAGAAAACAAAUUACUCAUGACGAUUGGUUCCUCGAUGUCCAAUGGCAAUAACUAAAAUCAGUAUAUAUUGCUGAAAUGGGGCAGAUUCUUUCGUAUAUAUGGGGUGAAGCCAAGAAACCUGAAUCUCACACAUAUCCAAGCGGAGGCUACAGUUUCAAUGACCUGAGAAGGAAAAAGGAGAUUGUUUGGUGUAAGCAUUACAACAAUGAACAAAGGAUACUGUUAGUUGGGGAAGGAGAUUUCUCAUUCUCUGCUUGCUUAGCUGUGGUUUUUGGUUCCUCUUCUUCUAACAUAACCGCUACUUCUUUGAAUUCUAUUGAGUUCUUGCACCGUAACUAUAGAAAUGCCAUAGCAAAUAUCCAGAAGUUGACAAGCAGAGGUGCAACCGUCAUGCAUCGUGUGGACGCUACAACCAUGUCCAGUCAUUCAUUUCUGAGGCUCAUCAAAUAUGAUCGCAUAAUCUAUAACUUCCCUUUUUACGGGUUUAGGCGCAGAAAUGAAACACGUGAAUCCAAUUUACAGAAACAUAGAGAACUGGUUAGAGGGUUCUUGUGGAAUGCGAAAAAGAUGUUACAGGAGGAUGGAGAAAUACACAUUUCACACAAGACUAAUGGUUUUCAUUUGGAGUGGAAUGUUAAGGAAUUGGCAUCGUUAGAAGGUCUUUGUCUGCUUCGCCAAGUAAAAUUUAAUUUAAAUGAUUAUCCUGGUUAUGAGACCAAGUAUGGCUUUGGGGGUGAUAAGAACUUUGAUUGUAAUCCCAGUAUGACUUACAUUUGGAGAAUUGCUUCAACUGGGCCUCAUUAAUUAGCUGCAUUUAUUUGGUUU